AUGCGAUUUUCAGCUCCCCUUCUCACUCUCCUUAUUUCCCUCUCGAUUUCUUGGAGCUUCCUUUCGGCGCUGGAGGAGCUGAACGAUCGAACGCCGAAUCCGGGAUUCCUGAGCCAGCUAGACGUUUUGCGUCUCCGAGACGGGUGGCAUUUGAAAAAUUUCACAAUGUCACAACAACAGCGCAGCCUGACGCCCGUCGACCCACAAACAGCUUCCAUCCAGUACUUUUAUCCGCAGGAGAUUCUAAAAGCGAAUUCUGGGCUUGAGCUAUCAUUCAACCUUUCGCGGCCCGGCGAGCCAAAUCCAAUGAAGAAACCGGCAAAGCUGUUGUUGCAAUUGAAUUUCAAAGGUUGUGGAACAGUUCAAGUGGAACUUAAGAACUCCCCGCAACAGAACUGGACGAUUUCUCCAAACCUCCACGCGUUUUGCUCGAGUUUGGCAAAAAGUCGGAUCGAUCUGGAUGUCACUGAAGUGUUUCCCGGCAAUGAUUUGCUCCAAUUCACGCUCACCUUUUCGCCGUUUUUUUACGUGUUGCGUUCGCCUGAGGAGAAAUACGCCUAUUUGGUGGCUCAUUAUGAAAGCGCACCGACAUGCCGCUUGAAGAGAUUGGCUGAUGACGACUUCAGCACUCUCCGGGCAAAACAAGGGCGAAAGGGCAAAGGCAAGGAGAAAGGACAAAAGUGGCCGGGAAAGGCUCGAAAAGAAGAAAGGCCCAGCCACGAUUCCCGACAGCCGCAUCGACGUUUGUGUCAGCGCGUCGGUAUGUACGUGGAUUUCAAGGAGUUCAACUGGGAUUGGAUUUUGUCGCCAAUUGGCUACAACGCAUUUAAGUGUGUGGGUGAAUGUUCGAACCCAUUACCCGCUCGUCUGAACGCCACCAAUCACGCGAUUAUACAGUCGCUUUUGAGCAGCCUUAAUCCGGAGAUCCCUGGGCCGUGCUGUGUGGCCACCGAGACCUCAGCGCUCAACAUUCUAUACAUAGAUUUCAACAACACAAUUCAAAUCAAGAACCAUGAUGAAAUGCUGGUGGAAGCCUGCGGAUGUCGA